UUCAACUAAUAACUUUUUUAACAAAACACGAAAACCUACAGACCUUUUUAUGAGAAAUUAAAUGGCAUUAACAGGUAUAUUUCUCGAUCCUAAAAUAUAGUAAAUAUUUUUAAAUAGACUAGGCAUAGGAUUUUUUUCAAUUUAAAUUAAUACUCCUAAAAUUGCCACUACCUGCUACAUGAAGUUAAAUAAAAAACCAUUUCGAUAGUCAAAAGUGCACGCUUUUUACCAAUUCUUGGCGGCCAAGCUAUCGUGCUCUCCCAUUCUGUUUACAUCCUUUGAAACUUAAAGCUUAAGGGCCGUAUUAUCACUCGCGAGUCGCCUAUUCAAAUAAGCGAAUGUGACUUUUUCGCAUUACUGUUUGCGAUUCGCCAAGUUGACGUUCGCCUUAAACUUCAAAAAUUUGGCGAAUUGAAAUGUCGUUCUAUUACAAUUGGCGAAUGCUCGCCUUUAUCUGUCAAAAUCGGUCGAACUGUAAUUCUUGGUGACUUUGAAAAAAACACAGUUUUUUUUGAAUUCGAAAUACAUAGUUGUCUAGAUUUUUUGUUGCGACAUAAAAAAAAUGAGUGAAAAUCGACAAAGCAUUAAAAGAACCAACAACGCCCAGUUCUCAAAGUUGGUGGAGGUAAUGGAGGCAAACCCCGACAUUGCCAAGGGUGUCGGGACGUUUGGAUCAUCCAAAAAAAACCAAGCCCAAUAUUGGGAUUCGUUUGCCCUUGAGCUAAACGCAUUGGGACUUCCUAUACGAGAGGGUAAAGAGUGGCAUAAGGUUUGGCUGGACUAUAAGUUGAAAUUGAAGAAGAAAAUCGCGACAAAUAAAAAUGAUGUAGUCGCAACAGGUGGAGGACCUUUUCGGCAGUUGACUUUGUCCCCUUUGGAACAGGCAGUUGACAAUUUGCUAAGUUUGCAGCAAGCUGUAAAUCCAAUGGGUAAUACAUUUGGAACAAAUUCAACUGCAACAGUGGAACAACCCGACUCAAAUAAUGCAGACGUUGAAGUUGAAGAUGCUCCCAUGGCAAUGACAUCAGCCCAGUCAACAAAAAUCAACGAAUGUCGUAGAAGCAGGGGAAAGUUUGUGGAUGAACGAGUCAAACUCCUCCAAAAACAAACGGAGACUCAAGAAAAACUUCUUGUUGCGUCGGAUUCAAUUCAAAAAUCUCUUUCCGAAAUGGCAAGAUAUUCAAGAAAGAAUUAUGAAGUAAACAAGGAACAUGUUGAGGUACUGAAAGCAAAGGAAAAACGGAAGGAGAGAGAAAAUUUGCAGAAGGCGCAACAACAUAAAGAUCUUCUGGAUUUGAAAAUAAAAAAACUGGAAUGUAAAUUACAAUACCACCCAAAAUAG